CAUUGAGUUAAAUCAUCAGAAGACAAUGUGGGUCCUUGGGAAGAUCAGGGAGAGCGUGGAGAGCAUUCCUCUAGAGGUCAGUCGCUACAUGGGAAAGAGUGAGGAGGAUGUCUCUUCUAAAAUCCGCCUCUCUCACAAUCUGCACAACAACAUCCUCACGCCCGACAAGAUCCCAGAGUUCUGUCUGCCUCCGCGGCUCUGCAGGAGGAGCCCCCUGAUCGAAGCAGAGACAGCCCCACCUCGCCUGCAGAGACACAACCACAUAGCCAAGAGAAGCACUUGUUCGAACAAAACAAAUGUAAAGACCAAGGAGGCCAAAACAAAGAUUGGUGAUGCAUCAGUGGCUUGGAAGGCCACAAAGAAACCUUUGCCAUUCUCUGCAGAUGGGUACGGGCUGGCUGGGAUAUAUGAGAGCCCCAACACUCGGAGGAAAGAAUCUUUGUUCCACUCAAGUUUGCCUGUUUACGUGCUCAAAAGAAGAGCUCCCAUUGCAGCACCCAACCUGGCAGAGGAGACAAACCUGCCCAAGAAAACUGUAUCUGGGUUUUUCCCUGUGUUUUCAAGCAAGAGCCUGUCAGAUACAGGAAGCACAGAGAGUGAAACACCUUCUUCCAGUGACUCCUCGCCCCUCAGUUCCCCUUACAGUCCUAAAUCCUCCUUCUACAUCCCAUCAGGCAGUGGCCAUCUUAAAGCAGCGACAUCCUGUCCUCUGUUACAUGACAACAGGGAGGAGAAAGGGAGGAUGAAGAGGGUUUUUUUAAGUGUGCAAACUUUUCCCAGUAGCCCUCCCAGCUCAGUGGGACGCUCGCUCACCCUCGCCCCACCUGUCCUCUUCCCGCUGGAGGUUCUGCAGUGUCAGGAGAGGCUUCAGCGUGAGCACGUCCUGCCUCUGCAGGGCCGUGGUAAAGUGCGCCUCUCUGCUGAGAGCACCACAUUCUCCACCAACACGCUGUCAUCGCUCUCCACAGUCAGAGUUCGUGUGGUGUCUGUGGAGGGCGUGCAGGAUGACUCUGGCCGGCAAACCCUGAACUGUGCAGUGAGUCUGUGUCUGACACCAGGGAAGCUGCAGCAGCAGAAGAGCGCCACCAUCAGGAACUGCCGCAACCUUGUGUUUAAUGAGGAUUUCUUCUUCACAGAGCUGAGUCGAGAGGAUCUGCUGGAACUGCAGCUGAGAUUAAAAGUGGUGGAUAAACCUGGAGCUGGAACACUGAGGAGGGGGACAGUGAUCGGAGUCAUCACCAAACCUUUGUCUCAGUUACUUCAUCUUAAUAAAUGGGUGCAAGAAUAGACAUUUCCCUUUUCACGAAAAUGUGAAAACUGCCAUAACCAUAAAUGUGUAAUGGUUUAAUUUAACGGGAAAACAGCAUGUGACAUGUAGCAUAGCAACACUAUGUCUUAAUAUAAUUAUUGCUGUUCGUGCUAAAGAAAAGGGUUGAAGAUGGAAAUGUAACACUGCAUGUAAAAUUGUCAUUUGUACUCAGCAUUAUUCACCUUAUGUAAAAAAGUCAGCUUGUGUUUGUUUCCUGCACUCUUGCCUUCUUCUGUACCCUGUGAUGCUUUUGUAAUACGUAUUAAACUGCCACUAAAGUUUG